CGAAACCAAAGAGCUAGGGGUGUUGGGAAUGUUUGCUAUGAGGAGUUGAGGUAGGAUUUUUAUGUCAUUUUUCCUACCUUAAGGUAUGAAUGAUUUCCGAGAAUGGUACAACCUACCCACCGGAGCCCUACUACCUUCUCCUAUUUGGUUUAGGUGGUUACGGACUUGUUGCUGGGAUGAGAUAACUUUGCCCCGAGCUGCCCGCAUCCCUACGCCGCUUGGCAACAUAACCGGCAAGUGAAUUCUGUGGGGUUACUCGUUACCAGCUGCGCUACUAUAUCAUUUCAAGGGUUCUAUUCUGACACCAGUCGAAAUAGUAAUGGUUUGCCCCUCACUGAUACAAAGCUUGAUAAUCAUCUUUGCAGUUUAUUCUUAAACCUUAGCUAAAAGUUUUUUUUUCUCGUGUAUAUUAUGUUGUUUCAGACUUCAAGCAAGUCUUUUUUUAUCUUCUACCCAUUGUUACCUUUGUCUAGGUUCGACUAGUUAUUAGGUUGUCGAAACCAGGUCUCAUCAUUACAACACAACACCACCUUAUCUAUUUCACCUAGCUCAACUAUUCGAUACCAGUCUACUGAACCCCGCGUUCCACGACAUCAUGUCUCUCCCUAAUGGCGUAUACCGUGCCGAUCAGGUCGGCUCUUUUCUCCGACCAAAACCGCUGCUCGAGGCCCGCGAGCAGGCCGCUGAAGGCAAGCUAAAGGCCGAACAACUGAGAGAGCUAGAGGACAAGUAUGUCGCUGAUGUUGUAGACAAGCAGCUCUCUGCUGGACUACGGGCUAUCACAGAUGGGGAGUUUAGACGGCAGUGGUUCCACGUUGAUUUCCUGCGAAAUCUGAGCGGAGUAGAGCUCCGUGGUGCUCUGCAAUCUACCAAUAUUAGCGUAGGAGGUACUAUGCCUCCAAGACUCGUCGUCGUUGACAAGAUUGGUCAUCCUAAGCCAAUCCAAGUCGACGACUUCAAGUAUCUCGAGUCUCGAAUCGCGGCCGCUGGUGCUAAGGCCACGCCGAAGGUCUGCAUCCCGUCACCGACCAUGAUUCACUUCCGCAACACUCGUGAGACUAUUGACGAGAAGGCCUAUCCGACGCUCGAGCCCUUUUUCGAGGAUCUAGCGCGCGUAUAUCAGGAGGAGUUAGAUGACCUCUAUAAGGCCGGUGCUCGGUUUGUACAGCUCGAUGACACUAACUUGGCCUAUCUCUGUGAUCCCAAGAUGCGUGCUGAGGCUGAACAGCGACAUGGCGAUGCCAACACCCUUGCUCGCCAAUAUGCCGCACUCAUUAAUGCGGCAAUCUCGAAGCGGCCUGCUGAUAUGGCCAUUGGAAUCCAUCUGUGCCGUGGUAACCACCGCUCGCAAUGGUUUGCGCAGGGCGGGUAUGAACCUGUAGCUGAAGUUCUAUUCAAGGACCUAAACGUGGACGCUUACUUCCUCGAGUACGACGACGCGCGAUCGGGAGACUUCUCGCCGCUCCGCCACCUACCCGAGCACAAGAUCGUUGUUCUUGGCGUUAUGACCAGCAAGAAGCCGGAUCUUGAAGAGAAGGCCGAGGUUAUCAAGCGCCUCAACGAGGCCGCUUCGUUCUGCCCCAAGGGCCUGAAGCAACUCUGUCUCAGCCACCAGUGUGGCUUCAGCUCGACCUCUGAGGGUAACGAUCUCACUGAAGAAGAACAAUGGGCUAAGGUUAGGCUGGAAGUGGAGAUCGCGAAGGAAGUCUGGGGAGACGACUUAUCCAUCUAAAAAGAUGGGGACUUAUAACAGGAGGGUUUUGUUACCUUGUUACCUUGUUACGGUAACAAAUAACUGGGUAUUUAUGACGGGCCCAGAUUACA